ACAAGAUGGCGGCGCUCAUGGUGCAUUCGUGCGCUGUGGGAACAGGUCACUGACAGCUUCAUUAAUGGCUGCACAUCAGCUUUGCACGAUGGAGUUUUUCAUGAUACAGCCAACGACGCGGACGUAAAAGAAGCAAGAAUCAUGAAGGUGUUGAUGAGACGGAUGGUUCUGUAUCCUCAGAGUGUUGUCCGUUCAGGCGCACUCGGGACCGCUCUCCUUAACCUUGUCCACCGCCAGCAGUCGCCCGCUAUCCGCACCCUGUUCAGUGAGACCGGCGUGUGGGAGAAGGACUAUCGGACAGAGACCCGAUGCAGAGUGGAGCAAUGGUGGCACCCGCGGAUCAUGGCGCAGUGGCGCAAGGACUCACUGGACAAGGAUCAGAACCGGCAAAAGUUCUAUGUUCUCUCCAUGUUCCCAUACCCAUCUGGACGACUGCACAUGGGCCAUGUGCGCGUCUACACGAUUAGCGACGUCAUUGGCCACUUUCAGAGAAUGAGAGGUUAUCAGGUAUUAAACCCAAUGGGCUGGGACGCUUUCGGGCUUCCAGCCGAGAAUGCGGCUAUUGAGAGACGUCUUGAUCCAGAAGAUUGGACUAAAAGGAACAUCAAGUCUAUGAAGGACCAGCUAGACAGCCUUGGGCUUUGCUUUAACUGGGAUCGGGAGGUGACCACUUGCCUUCCUGACUACUACAAGUGGACACAGUAUCUCUUUGUUAAGCUCUUCAAAGCAGGGCUGGCUUAUCAGAAAGAGGCCGUGGUGAACUGGGACCCCGUUGAUCAGACAGUACUAGCUGAUGAGCAGGUGGAUGAAAAUGGUCGCUCCUGGAGGUCUGGUGCACUGGUGGAGCAGAAGUUGCUCACUCAGUGGUUCAUCAAGACCACACAUUACGGCAAGCCUCUUCUGGACGCCUUGUCCGACCUUCCAGAGUGGUACGGGGUUAAAGCCAUGCAGGCAAAUUGGAUUGGAGAGUGCACUGGCUGCUAUUUUGAUUUCAAACUCAAGGUGAGUGGGGAGGAGACAGAGGAGAUUCUAUCGGCGUACAGCUCCUCCCCAGAGGCAGUGUUUGGUGCGGCGUACCUGGCCAUCCUGCCCUCCCACAGACUGCUGCAUGGGAGCAGCUCAGUCCGCUCUGUGCUGGAGAAAGCCUGCCAGCCAGGCAGAGACUCCCAGACAGAAGUCACAGCUGUCAACCUGUUCACCGGCCACGAGGUUCCUCUGGUCAUAUCUCACCAGGAGGCAUUUGAUGGCUAUCUGGACACUGUGGUUGGCACACCUGACUGCAGUGAGGAGCAUUGGUCUGUGGCCAAAACGCUGAAUUUAACGUGGACCAAUGUUCUGAAGAGCCAUGAAGAUGGGACACAAAUUGUCAUUAAUUCUGAUGAGUUCUCAGGAUUCACCAGAAAACAGGCGUUUGACUCCAUUACCCAGAAAGCCAGGGAGCGGAAGGUGGGGGGCCACCUUACCAGCUCAAAGCUCAGGGACUGGUUGAUAUCAAGACAGCGUUACUGGGGCACACCCAUUCCUGUGGUGCAUUGUGGGUGCUGUGGUCCAGUUGCUGUUCCCGAAGAGCAUUUACCAGUAACCUUGCCAAAGCUGCCGUCUCUCACCGGAAAGGGGGCAUCACCUCUAGAGGCUGCCCAUGACUGGGUUAACUGCAAAUGUCCAAGAUGUGACGGGCCUGCAAAAAGGGAGACUGAUACCAUGGACACGUUUGUAGACUCAGCCUGGUAUUACUUUCGUUACACCGACCCUCAUAACUCAGACAGGCCUUUUGAGCGCCAGCUAGCGGAUCAUUGGCUGCCUGUGGAUGUGUACAUCGGGGGAAAGGAGCACGCCGUCAUGCAUUUGUACUACGCACGCUUUCUCUGUCACUUCUGCAAGGACCAGGGCCUUGUGGCGCACAGGGAGCCUUUCAGAAAGCUACUUGUCCAGGGUCUGAUCAAAGGUCAGACUUUCCGACGAUCAGACAGUGGCCAAUACCUAAAGAGAGAAGAAAUUGACUUCACAGAAAAAGAGCCAGUGGCAUUGGGAGGCGGAAGCGUGGAAGUGACAUGGGAGAAAAUGAGCAAAUCUAAACAUAAUGGUCUGGACCCCCAAGAGGUGGUGCAGCAGUACGGUGUGGACACAGUUCGACUCUACAUCCUUUAUGCCGCACCACCUGAACAAGACAUCCUCUGGAAUCUUAAAAAGGAUGCUCUUCCUGGGGUCUUGCGCUGGCAGUCCAGACUGUGGCAGCUUGUGAGCAAGCUGCGAGGCGCUCGGCAACUCGGUGACGUCCCCGACCCCUCCUUGCUGAAAAAGAAGGAGCUGGCGGAGUCAAAGAAGAUCUGGGAUAACAAGAAUUACGCAAUUCAAGAGGUUACAUCUCACUUCACGGAAGACUUCUUGUUCAAUGCGGCCAUUUCUCGCCUCAUGGGACUUACCAAUACUUUGAGUGUGAGUGAACACUGUCCUGCCUCUUCUGAGUUCAGUGAGCAUCACUCUAACUACCAUUACGUGUGUGUGUGUGUGUGUGUGUGUGUGUGUGUGUGUGUGUGUGCGCGCGCGCGCGUGUGUGUGUUUGUUCAGAGUGCAUCUAUGAGGGUGGUGCAGCACAGUGUGGAGUUUGAGGAUGCUCUGGCCACACUGAUUAUGAUGACGGCACCCAUGGCGCCUCACCUGGCCUCUGAACUUUGGGCAGGGCUUUGCCAGGUGAACAACCCCAUCAGCAACACUCUCCGGCGGGGUGGAGACGUCCUGUCCCAGUCCUGGCCUACUGUGGAUCCCGAGUACCUGGAGACCCCUGACUUUGUGGGCGUUUCUGUGCUGAUUAACAACAAAGUUUGCGGGACAGUGACUGUACCUGUGCUGGUGUCCAAAGAUUUGGAUCAGGUGCAGAAGCUGGUCAUGGAGAGCCACCUUGGACAGAAGGUUCUCAAAGAACUGCACAUCAAGAGAGCCAUCCUCUCUCCCCGGACUGCCCUCAUCAAUUUCCUAGUCGGGGGGUGACGUUUGACCCCGUGCUUGGGCGACUGUUUGGUGGUGGCGAAUGUCCUUCAGUGACAAAAAACAAGACUGUUAUACACUGAAAACUAAUAUUAAGGGUGGGGAAAAAUCUUAAUAUUGCCAUAAUUUGCGUCAUAUAUAUCAUGGUGCGGUAACUAUCAAUACACAAUGUUUUAUUUUUAUUAUUAUUGUAUUUAACUAUUUGUUAAAUUUUGGCUCUUCCACAACUCGGUGUAUCCAUUUUAAGACUCGUCACACAUUCAUGACAUCCAUCCAUCCAUCCAUUUUCUGAGCCGCUUCUCCUCACUCGGGUCGCGGGCGUACUGGAGCCUAUCCCAGCUGUCAUCGGGCAGGAGGCUGGGUACACCCUGAACUGGUUGGAGUCAAUAUUACUUUGUUUUCACCAAACAUGAAUGAAUGACAAUCACGGUUAAUUUUGCUGAACAGAAUUAAGGUACAGUGGACCCCCCGCUAUUAGCGGUUGAUAGGGAACAGGUCAGACCGCGAAUAGCAAAAAUCCGCAGAUAAUUAACAACCCCAAUUCCAAUGAAGUUGGGAUGUUGUGUUAAACAUAAAUGAAAACAGAAUACAAUGAUUUGCAAAUCAUUUUCGACCUAUAUUUAAUUGAAUACACUACAAAGUCAAGAUAUUUAAUGUUCAAACUGAUAAACAUUAUUGUUUUUAGCAAAUAAUCAUUAACUUAGAAUUUUAGGGCUGCAACCAAUUGCAUUUCGAAAAAAAAAAAAAAAAAUUAUUUAUUAAUUCUUGAAUUGGCGGGGAUGAACCACCAAUAUGUGUGUUAGGGGUUGCUCACACCCUAAGAAAGAAAAACAUUUGGGGAAAAAAAUCUGCGGAUUGGUACUGAAGCGCGAGUAUGCGGGGAUCCACUGUGCAAAUAACCUAUAAGUGAAUUCUGCCAUCAUACUAAUAUAUACACACACACACACAAGGUGAUUGAAAAGUAACUCCCUAUUUUAAAAUACUUAUAUAAGUAUUAUAAUUUAUUCAUGUGUUGUAAUAUUUUUAAAAGUUUUUUUGUGUAUGUUCUAUGAUUAAAGGAGGAAGUCUAUUCUACCAAACCAACGACUUUGGAAUAAGUUGAAGUGCGAAUACGAGAAGUUAUGGCUUCCAUCCCACAAGAGUUCCUUGUGAAAUCGGUUAAUGCGGUUCCCAGGCGACUUGAGAAACUGGUGGCUAAUGCUGGCGCCCAUAUUGAAUUUUAAAUAAAAUUCCAUGCAAUACG